AUGUUCGCCCCAAGCCGAAGGAGGGUCCUUGAGGCCGCUGCCUCUGCCUCUGCCUCUUCCACCGUCGUCACUCUCCCCGGUUUCCUCGUGCCGGCUUUCCAGCAGACUGCCGCCGCCGCCGCCCGGCGCAACUUCUCCGCGACGACAACCCGCCCGUCCAAGCUCGGCCGCACCCCGCUCAGCAUCCCUCCCGGCGUCGAGAUCACCAUUGGCGAGCCCUUCAUCAAGCGCGACAUGACGCAGUGGAAGCAGCAGCCUAAGCGCAAGAUUACCGUGCAGGGCCCGUUGGGACAACUCGAGAUGGACAUCCCCGACUUCAUCAAGAUCGACCACGACGUCGAGGCGAGGAGAGCGACUCUCAGCGUAGCGAACCGGGACGAGAAGCAGCAGCGAGAGAUGUGGGGAACGACAUGGGCGUACCUUAACCGCUUCAUUAUGGGUGUAUCAGAAGGUCACACGGCCGUGUUGCGCCUGGUCGGUAUCGGUUACAGAGCCACCAUCGACACCCGCCCCGAGAAGGAGGAGUACCCCGGCCAGCAAUUCGUCUGCCUCAAGCUCGGCUUCUCCCACCCCGUCGAGAUGGGCGUCCCCGAGGGCAUCAAGGCCAGCACGCCGCAGCCGACGAGAAUCUUGCUCGAGGGCAUCAACAGAGAGCAGGUCAUGACCUUUGCCGCCGACAUCAGGAGGUGGCGUGUACCGGAACCGUACAAGGGUAAGGGUAUCUUUGUCAACGGCGAGACCAUCAAGUUGAAGCAGAAGAAGAUCAAAUAG